AUGAACAGCACCCCAAGGGAUGCCCAGGCCCCCGGACACCGCGAGCGCCUCCUGCCUUCUGUGGCCCGGACCCCCUCUGUCACCCAGGUCAUGCCAGCCAAGAAGAUAACUUUCCUCAAGCGAGGGGAUCCCCAGUUUGCUGGGGUUCGCCUGGCCGUUGACCGACGUGCCUUCAGGAGCUUCGGGGCCCUGAUGGAUGAGCUGUCUCAGCGCGUGCCGCUCUCCUUUGGGGUGCGCUCCGUCACCACGCCCCGGGGCCUGCACGGCCUCAGCACCCUGGAGCAGCUGCAAGACGGCGGCUGCUACCUCUGUUCCGACAAGAAGCCCCCCAAGACCCCCAGCGGGCCGGGCCGGCCACGGGCGGGAAGCCCUUCUCAGCAGUCACGGGAUUUUGAAGGCUGCUGCGAGGCACCUGGAACAGCUUCUUCCUGCAAGAGUCUCAGAGCCCCGAGGAGGGUCACGCUGGUUAAGAACGGCGACCCUCGAUACCAGCAGGCGGUGGUGCUCAGUCACAGAAACACCAGGAACCUGACGGCCUUUCUCAGCAGAGCCUCGGAUCUGCUGCGCUUCCCCGUGAAGCAGGUGUACACAACCGGUGGGAAAAAGGUGGACUCUCUGAAGGGUCUGCUACACAGCCCCUCGGUGCUGGUAUGUGCCGGUCACGAGCCCUUCAGACCUCUGGCAAUGGAAAAUGUCAGAAGAAAUGGAAGUGAACCUUUAUCUGGACAGACUUCAAGGAGCAAAAGUGGGAGCUGGGGGCCAAAAGCCAAGCAGAGCGUGAUCCACGCGCGGUCCAGGCCAGACAGCAGGCCACGGCACUUUUCCUUGCUGUCGGAGAGGUCUGGGCUCAGUGACCCCUCGGUGCCUCUGCAUCGUGCCUGCGUGUGCCCUGCUCCUGACAGGCACCCUCAGGACACAGCUGCCCAGCUCAGCCCGUUGGUAGCGGGUGAAGACAUUGAGAAGAAUGUGCGCGUGAACGAGGACGGCAGCUUGUCCGUGGAGAUGAAAGUCCGCUUCCACCUACUGGGGGAGGACCUGCUCCUGUGGUCCAGGAGGGUCGGGAGGGCCAGCAGUCUCACAGCGGCCAGUGGGGAGGGCCCCGUCCUGGGGGAGGCAGAUCCCCUCGGCUGUGUGUGGAGGGGCCCCCCUAGGGACCCCUCAGAGCCUGGGGCACAGGGACUGGGGCCCUGCGAGGCAGGAGGUGUGGGAGCCUUUGACCGAGGCCGGUGGCAGCCGGGGUCUAGAUAUGAGAUCUGGAUGAACCCCCUUUAUGCCCCCCUGGGAGAGCAGAAAGCCUCUCAGAGGAGGUCUGGGCUGACCCAGAAGUCCCACUCCAGGACCCCCAGGAGCCAAGGGGUCGCCAGCAGGAAAAGAAGGAGCAAGGACAGUGCCAGCCCUUCCUCCAGUGACAGACCCCCUGAAGGUUCUGAGACCAGCUCCUCCUGCUGCUCCAGGUCCCUGGAGGAUGGUGUGGGCAGCUGUGGCCCACACCUGGCCUCGGGGGCUGGUGAGGACACAGGCGAGGGAGCAACGCUGGGCCGCAGGGAGCACCUUGGCUGCCUGAAACCCGGGACCCGAGGCCCGGCAGACGCUUCUCCUGACUCCUCGGCAAGUGGCGGGUCUCACGAGGAGUCCAGUGAGAGGGGUGAGCUGCACCAGAGCCGCCCCAGCAAGAAGAGCAGGGCCGUGACUUCCUGGGGGGCCGCCCAGGGGGGAGGCCCCGCUUCCCCCGCUGUGAGCCCCUCGUCUGUAAGGAAAGAGGGCCCACGGGCAGGGGAGAGUGGACAGGGCGCCGGGUACCCCCAGGCCAGGAGUGGGUCUGGGGUGAGGCUGCGCUUGGCUCGGGGCGGCCGGGCUGGCUCUGGGGAGGACGCAGGAGGCCACUCUCCGCCUUCUGCCUGUGCCUCGGCCCCAGGCGGGAGCAGAAAGCAGGAGAGCAGAGCCAGCGCCCUGUCCUUACCCAGCGCUUCUGUCCUCAGCCGAGGGUCCCAGAGGGGCCGCCCCAGGCAGCACCGCACCCCAAAGGACGCCCACUGCCCACUCGGCUUGCCUGUGUCCAGGCCAGUGCCGGGGCCUCCCAGCAGGGGCAGGACCCGCCCAGACAGCCCAGCGCCUGGCCCUUCUGAAAGCCCACGCAGCCCCAGGAGCCGCGCCUCCCGGGACCCGGGGCCACCCUUCUCUGCCUCUCUUCAUUCCCGGGACACGCGAGGGCUCAGCAGCGUUCCCAAUUUCCACCCCUCAAAUUCCCCCGCUGCUGAGACCGAAGGGGACCCUGAGUUCAGGGCGUGUUCACCAGCUCCCACGCCUUCAAACACAUCUGGCUCUUUCAACUCCCAAGCUGAUGGCCUGGCUGAAAAGGCGGGGGGUGACAGUCCCAAGCCUUCCUGGCCCUUGGUCCUGCCGGUCGGGUGGCCUGAGGGAGGGAGGCCGGGAGCGCACGGGGACAGCUGCUGCUCACAGCUGAGCGUAUCCCCGGCCCUCGGGUCCCCCGGUGGGAAGACGCAGUCGCUGCCAGCCUCCCGGUCUUGGGGCGGCCAGGGGUCCUUCUCUGAGCCCUGCUUGGUGUGCAGCAGGUACUGUCCCACGUCCCGCAAGCCACGGCCCUCGGGCAAGAAGCAUGCUUUGUGGACCCUCAGCCACAGCGAGGGCACCCACAGUGCUGACGGGGAGCCGGGCGGGGCCGAGGCGGGGGAGGGAAAGCUGGACGUGUGGCGCCCUCGGCCCCCUGGCUCUCCGGGAGGGGCCGUGGGGAGCGCAGUCAGAGCCGCGAGAAGGGGCGGCUCCCACCGCGGUCCCAAGCUCGGGAGAACGUUCCAGAAGGUCUCGGGUGGAGGAGACGGCCUGGAGGAGCAAGAGGAAGGUGGCUGCAGGACGCUGGGCGCCCUGCCCCGAGCCUCCCCGGAAGCCGUGGUCCGUGCGUGGCUGAGCAACAUCCCGGAGGGGCCCGUGAGGUACGAGAUGCUGGGCGAGGGCGAAGCCGCGGCUGGGCACAGCCCGGAAGGCCCCAAGGAGGACCCUGCCGACAAAUAUCCCCCGGAUGGCCUGGAAGGGUCAGCGCCGGCCAGACAACUGCCCCUGGAAGGGGCGGCCAGUGAGAAAGCAGAACCAGACGCAGCCCUCCCAGCGACUGGCAGUGCCGGCCCCAAGUCAGGAGAGGGCCUGCCUUGCAGUGGGGUUUCAGAAGCCGCUGCGGAGGCUGGUGAAGGCAAAGCAGCGGCUGUGGACCGUGCGAUGGGCCAGCGCGAGCUUCCCAGCAGGGUCUCUUCCUCCGUACACAUCAUGAAGGCGCUGAUGGGAUCCAGGCCAGGCCGGCCCAGCAGCGUGCCCGAAGUGUCCAGCUCAGUGGGCAGGAGGCUCGGCCACUCGGCCCAGGCCCUCAUCACCUGUCUCGCCAGGCUCCGCUUCUUUGACGAUGACCUUGGGUCUCCCGCUGGCAAAGUGAGGUUCACAGACUCUCCUCGGUACCAGGAGCUCCUGAGCACCUUCCAGGCCCUGUGGCCGGGGAGCGGCCGUGGGCACAGAGAGCUGGACUCGGGCCUCCGGGAGCUAGGCUGGGGCCAGGCCCUGCCGGCCCUUGGGUCCCACGCUGCAACUGAGGACUUCACGCCGACAUCCUCCUCUGGUGUGGAUGUCGGCAGUGGUUCCGGAGGCUCGGGGGAGGGCCACGGGCCCUGCACCGUGGACUGCGCCCUGGUCCCUGAGAGGAUGGAGCUGCCCUCAAGCAUCCCCUGCCAGAGGCCUGAUUCCAGAAUCUCAGGCAACCCAGAGGAUCCGGGAAACCAACAGCCGAGUGGUUCCGAGGCUGGUGGUGCCUCCAGUGACGACAGGGCAGAAAGAAACAGCGGGGAACAGACGUUGGGCAGUGACCUGGACCAAGGUGUUAAAAACGCGAUGCAAGAAGAGGGGGUACAAUCAGAGGAAAUAAAAGAGGACAAAGAAAGAGCAGAACUGCAAGAAGAGGGUGCUAAAGGGUUUCCCGAAGAGGAAGGAACCACAGGACGAGAAUUGCCAGGGGCGGGCUCUCAGGACGGGGCGGGCGCCGGGGAAGACAAGAGCCUGCAGGAAGAGGAGGGAGACCCCACCUCGGCCGCGCUGAGCCCUCCAGGGAAGACAGAGAGCCCGACAGAGCGCCCUAGGAGCCUCAGGGAGAGCGACCCAGACGCCAGCGGGAGUCAAAGUGGCCCCAACGCUGAGCCUUCUUUGGAGAAGUUGUCCACAGCAGCUGAGACAGGCUGUGGGCAAGCCCAGGCCAAGCUCACCCAGGGGGCGGGGGAGAGGGGCACUUCCACAGCCCGCAGAAGGCCUCUGGACCCUGACCCCCUCUGGGUGUCCAAGUUGCUGAAGAAGGUGGAGAAGGCCUUCAUGGCCCACCUCGCCACUGCCACGGCCGAGCUCCAAGCCCGCUGGGGCCUGGAGAGCAGCGACCUGCUGGACCAGAUGGUGGCCGAGCUGCAGCAGGACGUGGGCCGGCGGCUCCAGGACGACAUCGAGAAGGAGCUCCGCAAGGUGCAGAGCCGGGCGGGGGGCACGGCGCUGGGGCCACCCAGGGAAGCCCUCCGCCGCAAGACGCCCCUGCAGACCAAGAAGUGCAGGCCGCACCUCCGGGACCUGAGUGUCCUCUCAGCUUUCUCCGAGCACACGCGGGGCUGGGGGCCCCCCUCCUUCUCCCUGGAGGACGUGCCAACCUUCAGAGGAGCCCUGGGGACCCGGUCGGGGGAGGAGGCUGAGGAGGAGGAGUUCUGUCCCUGCGAGACCUGCGUGAGGAAGAAAGUGGUCCCUGCAUCCCCGAGGGACGCAGUGCAGGCAGCCAGUGUGUCCGUCAGAGAGGCCUUUGACCUGCAGCAAAUUCUGCAGAAGAAGAAAGGAAGAUGUGCGGACGGGGAGACAGCAGAGGCGGCCCCUGCGAAGAGGGGGAUGGAGCCCCUUGAGAGGGCCCCCUCGGGGACAGACCCUGUCCGGGAAGCUGACGGAGGCCCUGAGCUGGGAUCAGGCCAGGGCCCUGGGGAGGAGGAGGGGGACGAGACCCUCAGCAGAGAUGAAGCCCCCCGGGGGGCAGAGGAGGGGGGUGUGGGCAGGGAGGAAGGAGACCCGGAGGUGGGCUCUGGGGCUGAGGACACUGGGGCGGGUGAAGCCCCGGGAGGAGGUGACCCAAGUCCAGGAGGACAGAACGCUGGUGCCGAAAGUGCAGAGGCCCAGGGAGCUGAAGGGGAGCAACAGCCAGAGUCAGGAGGAGGAAAUCAGUGUAAGAGAGAAGCGGGCCCUCAGCUUGGCGCCGGACACCGCCAGUCGCGCGAGGCUUCUAGAAACAGCAGCCCAGACCAGGAGGGCAGGCCCACGCCGUCCCUGGCCCCAGGUGCAGACUCCCCCCGCCAAAGGUCAGGCCUGAAGUCAGGCCUCUCGUCCUCCAGCACAUCAUCUCUGGGAAACUGCUCUCAGCUCUCUCAGAAAAGCUCCGAAGAUGAGCCUUCAGACAGACACACAAGGAGCAUUGAAGACGAGGCCAAGGGCGUCCCUGAUCCAGAGACAAAAGUCACAGGCACGUGUCCAGAAAGCUCCCCUUCUGAGCAAGAAGGGGCCCCCUCAGGCUCGAGGAUGCCAGAGCGAGGAACAGAUGAAGGUCUGACUCCAGAGCAGGGGGAAGAGGGAGGCCCGGCUUCAGAGCAGGGGACAGAGGGAGGCUCUGACUUAGAAGCUGAGAAGGUAGUGAAAAGUCUCGCUUCCACAGAAGUGAUGCUUAAAAACCUCCCCAUGGACAGGACAGAUGGCUUUGGCCAAGAUGACUUAGAUUUCUAA